CACACGUCGUUCGUUGACGCAAUGCCGCUUCCCCCUCCCCCUCCUCCUUCUCCCCCGCCGCGUGCUCCAGCGGCCCACCAUUGAUCUGUUGACGAAUAUAUCCGUCCUGUCCAUACACCGGAGCUCUGUCCUAUCCUACGUGCGCGGGCGCUUGAUCCGCCGAUCGCUGCCCAGCCCAGGGUUGGCUGGCGGGAGGGAGCAAUCGAUCGAUCGAUCGUUCGUUCCAUCUACAAUGACGACGGCGCGGCAGUGGUGGAGGCGCGCGGCCGCGGCGGCCAAGGACAAGAAGAGCCUGUGCCUGACGCGCGCCGCGGGGGCGCUGCGCUCGCCGGCCAGGGUCAGGGGCGGCGCGGUGGAGCUGGACGCGGCGGUCAUCCGCGCCACCAGCCACGACGACCGCUUCGUGGACCGCGGCGCCGCGGCGCGGGUGCUGGACCUCGCGCGCGCGUCCUCGCCGUCGCCGCUCGUGUGGGCGCUGGCGCGCCGCGCGGGCCGGACGCGCUGCUGGGCCGUGGCGCUCAAGGCGCUCAUGCUCGCGCACCGCCUGCUCCUCCUCGCGCAGCCCCGCGCCGGCGGCCGCGUGCCGUUCGACCUCGCCGACUUCCGGGACCGCUCCUCGGCCGGCUUCUCCGCCCUCGUGCGCGCCUACUUCCGCUUCCUCGACGCCCGCUCCCUCUUCGCCGCCGAGGAAGACGACGGCGCCGGCGCCAACGGCGACGAGGACGAGGACGACGAGGAGACGCGCCUGCUGGACCGCCUGUCCAGGCGGCAGCACCUGCUCGACCUGCUCAUGCAGAUUCGGCCCUACGGGGAUGGCAUGGAGCGGCAGAGCCUCGUCCUCGACGCCAUGGAAUGCGCGGUCGUCGAGAUCUUCGACGUCUACGGCCAAGUACGCGCCGGCAUCGCUGAGUACCUCGUCGCCGUCGGGGGCUCGACGCCGACCACGCCGACGCCGAGGCCUCGGCCGGGAGAGACCGUGGCGACGGCGAGGCGGCGCAGGGCCAUGCAGGGAGUGCGGGUGCUGCGGAAGGAGGCGGAGCAGAGCGCACUGGUAUCGUCCUACUUCGAGCUCUGCCGGACCCUCGGCGUGCUCAGCGCCGCCGAGUUCCCGGCCGUGGAGCGCGUCCCGGACCACGACAUCAGGGACCUCGAGAAGCUCAUUAUGGCCCACGUCGAAGACGGCGGCUGCAAGCUGGAGCAGGACAACGAACCGAAGGCGUUGGUGGGCCCCAUGGAGGACGCCGGCGUGGCGUCGACGACGGUGGCCAUGAAAGAGUGGAUGGUGUUCGACGACGAUGCGGGUACCGGACUUAGGCAAGGGCAAUUUGGUGAUUACGUCAACCCGUUCCUAACCAACUCGACGGAGUUUGGCGAGACGUGACGGCGAGCGUCAACUUGUGAAAGAAUGAGUUUUUGUGAAUACUAUUUUUUUCAGAGGACAGAUUAUUCACAUUUCAUUUGAUGAUUAGAAACAAAUCGAAAGCUAAGCAGUGGUGACUAAAGACCACGAGUGCAAAUAGGUCAAUCAUGAAGCAACUGUUGUGAGUACAUGUGAUUGCUGCACGGUUAGAUUGAGAAAAAAAAACAUGCAAGCAUUCCCUAACCAAUCACCCUUUAGCAUAUUUUCAUUUUGCUCU